AUGGUUGAAGUUGUGUAUCAGAAUUCUGGCCAAAUAGCUCCAUUAGAUGGGGUUAUCAAAUUAAAAGAAGAAUACAAUUUCUGUGUCUUAUUGGAUGAGAGAAAUCUUGUGCUAUGGAAUGCAUCUAAGAAGAAGAUUUUGCAGCUCUUGCGUUUGAGACAGAUAUUCAAUGGGGUGUUUCUUAAAGUGAACAAAGCAACAAUGAACAUGUUGCACAGGGUUGAGCCUUAUGUGACUUAUGGGUACCCCAAUUUGAAGAGUGUGCGAGAAUUGAUUUACAAGAGGGGGUAUGGAAAGUUGAACAAGCAGAGAACUGCCUUGACCGACAACUCCAUUGUGGAACAGGCUUUGGGGAAGUUUGGUAUUAUUUGCAUGGAAGAUCUUAUUCAUGAGAUCAUGACUGUUGGACCUCAUUUUAAGGAGGCCAACAACUUCCUAUGGCCAUUUAAACUGAAGGCACCAUUGGGUGGUUUGAAGAAGAAGAGGAAUCACUAUGUUGAAGGAGGAGAUGCUGGAAACCGUGAAAAUUACAUCAAUGAGCUCAUUAGAAGAAUGAACUAGACAGCUUGCGGUACUUUUGGCCUUUUCUUAUUGGAAGUUUGAUAUCUUUUGCUUCUUAUUAGCAAUGAUAAAGUUGGAGAAUUCUUUUUCGGGUCAUAAAUAUGAACAAAGUGUUGAGAAAUUUAAUUUGAUAUUUGUUUUUAGACUUUGAUAGUAGAUAACUUUAUUACCUCUUGGAAUUUUAUCAGCAUCCAUGGAAUUGAUCAACGAGUGAUUUUCUAUUA